AUGAUCCUCCGACUCCCCCGCCUCCCCCGCCUGUUCGCGCUCGCCUGGCUGGCCCAGGCGGCCGCACAAGACCUGUUCAUCAACGACCCCGAUAACCCCAUGUCUUGCUUCCCCGUCGCCAUGCGGUGGUCGGGGGGUGUAUCGCCAUACACUGUUUAUGUCCUUUCGGCUGCAUCGCCCAGCGGCACGCCGAUCGAGCUCGCAGUCGACCACUGGACCGCAGACGUCAAGGGCCUCGCGUGGUACAUUGACAUUGUGCAGGGUGCCGAGCUGGUGCUCAAAAUCGUCGAUGGGGCAGGGGCUUCAGCGACCACGAAUGCUUUUACGGUCCGCCCGCCGGCCGACCCGCUCACCUGCGCCCGGUUCAACCUCAAGGACCCGAGCACGAUGACGCUGACGGGGAGUGCGACGACGGCGCCAGCAGCGACGGCGCCGACGACGGGGUCGGGGUCUGGUGGUGGUGGUGGUGCGGGGACAGGAGGAGGCUCCACGGGCCCGACCUCGGCGCCAGGGUCACCACCACACACGGACAGCAGUGCGCACGGCAGCAGCAACGGCUCCAUUUCCCCCCCCCCCGGCACGACCACGGCCACGUCCACGCCCAUGGCCAACACGCCCGCGUCGCCAAACGACGCGAAACCCGGCUCGGUACCCCUCGGCCCGAUCGUCGGCGGCGCGAUCGUCGGCGGCGUGGUCGUCUUCGUCGUCAUGUUCGGCAUCCUCAUCUACUGCCGGCGCAAGCGCCACCUGCACGAGAACGGCACCGACGUCGAGGGCAACCACCCGUACCCAUCCGCACACCUGCGGCGGAAGAGCCUCAAGUUUGACGAGAUAACCACCGCGUCCAAUCUCUCCAACGACGACUUUGCGUCGCAUGUCAAGCCGACGAGAAUCGGCGCCAUCUCGCCUCCCCUCCCCUUGCAGAUAUCGUCCAGACCAGCCACACCCGUCAUGGCGUACGAGUACGUCACGUCGCCGCGCACGCCGAACCGCCCGCGCAGCCCCCAGGAAAAGACCUCCCCCGCGCGGCCGACCUCGCCGUCCAUCAUGCGCAUGAGCGUCAUCUCGCCGCUCAACAACGACAGCCUCGACGACCUGACACAGGGCGGCGCGUCGGGAUCCGACGGGCAUGCCGCCGACCGCAGCAGCACGUCCGAGAGCGGCAUGUCCGGCCGCCCGACGUACUCGCGCGCCAGCACAUUCACCGCCCCGAGCCCCAGCGGCGGGAACGGCUCGCUCGCGCGCUUGGUCAACACGACGCGCACGCACCGCGCCGGCACGGGCGGGAGCAGCAUGAGCAUGACCAUGGGCAUGACCCGCCCCUCCGUCGACAACAUGCCCGCCACGCCGCCGCGUGCGGUUUCCGGGCUCGAGUUCAAAGAGUGGACCGACUGGGCAGCGGCCACCAACCACUCGCUCGUGUCGAGCCGCAGCAGCUACAGCCGGAUGUAG